GAUAACUCCGUUGGGAGAGCGAAGAGAACAUUACCUUUGAGUUCACUGGGAAAGCUGAGCGAAAGAAGAAUCGAAGAGGAGCUUCAAUGGCUGUUUCUUCUGUAUCUUCUUCGUCAUUAGUUCCUUCUCUUUCACUCAUCUCAUCUUCUUCCUUGAAUUCUAAAGCAAACUUCUCCUUUUCCUUCUUCCACAUUGGCACUAACACCUUCAAGCUUCAAAGCUCAAAGCCCCUUCUAUCAUCAACUAGGGUUUAUGCUGCUCCCGAAGUGUUGGAUUCCCCAGAUUCCGCUGAACUUCCCCCACAAACCCCAGAUGACUCCGAAUUCACCACCCUUGAGGUUGGAGACUUGGGGACUCCAAGCACCUCGUCUCUUAGCAUUGGUGCAGAUGCAGAUGCGAUGGCACCAAAGCAGAAAAUCAGAAUCAAACUUAGAUCUUAUUGGGUUCCCCUGAUAGAGGAUUCAUGCAAGCAGAUAAUGGAUGCAGCAAAAAGUACCAAUGCAAAAACCAUGGGUCCUGUACCAUUACCAACUAAGAAACGAAUCUAUUGUGUUCUUAAAUCUCCACAUGUGAACAAGGAUGCCCGGUUCCAUUUCGAGAUAAGAACCCAUCAGCGACUCAUUGAUAUUCUAUAUCCUACUGCCCAAACAAUUGAUUCUUUGAUGCAACUGGAUCUUCCUGCUGGUGUUGAUGUGGAGGUCAAACUCUAAGAAUAUCUGCUUUUGCAGGUUGUUGAUUGUAAUGGACUCGAGGAGUUGAAAUUUUUCAUGGGAACACUUUUCUGGCAGAGAAGGGGAUAUCAUUUCCAAAUUAGCAUUAAAGUGUAACUAGUGGAGCAGGUGUGCUGAGCAGUGUAAAAAUUGGUCAAAUAUAUACAUCAACGGCCAAGCAUAAUGAGAAGUCCAGGGGAAUAUUGAUUUUGAAUGAAAACCACCUCAAUACACCCCUUUCAGCUUUCAUUAAUUAUAUAUUGUUAGUGAGUCUCUUUCUGUUUUAAUUAAUUAUUUAUUGAAGUAUAGUGUAUUGUAAUGCUGGUGGUGGACUAAAUGUGAGGCAUACAAUUGCACAAGCUCUCUACUGUUUUAUGUUUACCACGCUAGUUUUCCAAGUUCUACUGGUAGCUGCGGAGAUGGAUGAAGUACAUAUUUUAAUCUCAAGUGAAAUUGUAGAUUACUGUUUUUAUGCUUAUUUUACUCGGAGUCUGGUAUAGUCAUCCCAGGUGGAAUUUAUUUAUCCUCCGGAUUUGAUGAUC